GCGUUGAUAUGGAAAUCAUGGAGCUAAUGGUUUCAAUCAUGUGUGGAUGGAUUAAGAGUAUGAUUAAAGCUGAAAAGGAAGUUGUGGAAGUGAUUGAUCUUUUGAUGGAUAUGGAUUGUGUUGGUCUAAAACCCAAUUUUAGCAUGAUGGAAAAGGCGAUUUCCGUUUACUGGGAUUUGGGGAAAAAAGAUCAAGCUAUCAUUUUUGUUGAUGAGAUUUUGAGAAGGGAAAUCAUGUCCUUAGAGGAUGGUAUUGAUGAUGUGCACAGAGGUGGCCCUGCUGGUUACCUUGCUUGGAAAAUGAUGGAGAAAGGAGAAUACAGAGAUGCCGUGAAGCUAGUGAUUCGUUUGAGGGAAAGUGGGUUGAAUCCUGAAACUUACAGCUAUCUCGUUGCAAUGACAGCUGUGGUCAAAGAGUUAAACAAAAUCGCAAAAGCAUUGCAUAAGUUGAAGGGUUUUGCAAAAUCAGGUUUUGUCGCCGAGUUGGACAAAGAAAACAUUAGGCUUGUCGAGAAGUAUCAGUCUGAUCUCGUGGAAGACGGGAUCCAACUAUCUUGCUGGGUGAUCGAAGAGGGAAACCCUUCCGUGCUUAGUUUAGUACGCAAGAAGCUCCUUGCUAUGUACAUAUGUGUUGUUAACGGACUUGAAGCCGAAAGACAGUUGUGGGAGAUGAAACUUUUAGGUAAAGACGUUGAGAGAUACUUGUCCGACAUAGUCUUAGCCAUAUGUGCCUCUCAAGGCCAAAAAUUAGUGGUUUCUAGACUGCUUGUUACAAUGGAAUCUUCGAGCUCGUCAUCUAAGAAGAAAACUUUAUCAUGGUUGCUCCGAGGCUAUAUCAAAGCCGGGAAUUUUGAAGAUGCUGCAGAAACAAUAACCAAAAUUCUUGAUUCAGGAUUGCAUCCCGAUCACUUGGACCGCAUUGCUGUUGUUCAGGGACUUAGAAGAACGAUCACGAAAACCUGGAAACAUGGAGAUUUACCUUGGACUGUGCAAGCGCCUCUCGGAUGCCGACUUGAUAGGACCUUGUCUAAUAUAUAUGUAUAUAAAGAAGUGAAGGCUUUGGAUUACUUAGAUGAUUUAGUUAUUGAUAGAGGACUUACUCAGGACUCAAGAGUGUACUGCUGUAUUUGUGAAAUUUACUAUAAAAUGUAUGUGUAUAUGUUGUAUAGAAGUAUAUUUGUGUAUAUCAUUGUUGAAAAUAUGUUGGUGCCUGUGAAUUGAUCA